CUUCCCUUCCCUCUUACGCACGACGAUGAUACCCUCGUCUACGAUCGCCCGAGACGGGCAGGCGAUGUUGCCCACUUCCCAUCACGACGGACAUGCUCCUCACUCCGAUAGCCCCAACGGUGGGGUCGACGCAUAUUAGUCCUCGCCUUCACCGCCCGGCAGCCUCCGUUGUCCGGCCUUGAGUCUGAUCUCGUAUCAAGACACUAGAAGGAGUGGGAGUGCUGAUUUGUCGGGGAGUCUUGUGGUACGAGGAGGGCUGUGACAAAAGCCGAAUCGCAUCUCUUUUUGCAUCGCCAGGAUGUAUCUCGACACUCUUCCCACCGAGAUCGUCACCCAGGUCUUCCUUUCUCUACCGACCGUUUCAUCGGUACAUGCCCUUGCUUCGACCUGCCAUCGAUUCCACUACGUCUACCGGUCGUCCAAGAAGCUCAUUAUCCUCAACCAAGCCGCCGAAGCCGAGUUUGGACCCCUCGACGAUGCUGUCCAAUUGAUCUCCCACAACGCAUCUCAGCCCGCUCACGUGCACCGUGACGUGCCUCUCUCCGACGCUCUUCUCCAGCAGAUACUCAAAGUCGGCCGUGUUGCGCAGCGCUGGGAAGAGAUAUAUCAAUUGCGGAAGUGGAAGAACGACUUUGCCAACCGCCGGCUGCUCACCAACUCCGAGCGCUACCUGUUCCGACGCGCUCUCUACAGGCUCUGGCUGUUCACAAAGGCCUUUCACAACCCAACGCACGUGCGGACCUGCCGUUGCAUCCCCGAGGUCGUGCGCGAGCGCGCAGCUCUCUUGCACAAUUUCUCCACUGUCGAGCUGGCCGAAAUGCUCGACGCGCACCGCAUCAUGCGAGACCUUGUCGCCAACACCAUCUGCCCUUCUAACGGCAAAAUCCGACAUCAAUUCCAAAAGCGCUUCCCGGAAUCCAACCAUCAGAUCCUGUUCAACAUCCAUCUGAACUACCCGCCCGCGCCAUCCACCUUCGUCCCCGACUUUGGCUUCUACAAUUCCGCAUACGGCUCUUCGAGGUAUAACAGCCGCCUGCAGCCAUCACGCUGGCACGAACCCGGAAGUGAAGGCUGGGGUGACGACAUUAGCCAUUACUACGUGGUUGAGGAUAUGAUGAAGCUGGAUCCCGCACAAUUGUUGCUUCUCCGGGAUGAGUGUCAGCUGAAGCGGCAAGUGGACGCAUAUGUGAAGGAAGUGGUCGGCGACUGGUUUGUCAAUAAUGGAGAGACGUUCAGCGAGACGUUGAAGUUUGUGCUUGCGCAGCGUGGGUGGGAGGUGGAGGAGGUCAAGGGUGCUGUGGAGGAUGGAGAGAUGGAUGUUGCGAUCGUAGAUUAAUCAUUGAUAGACCGUAGAUUGAUCUGUCUUGCUAUACUCCGUCACUGUACC